UUUAAGUCGUAUGACAAUAAGACGCAUUAUGAUGGAUUGUAUAUUCUGAUAUAUUCUGGGCUGAUGCGUGGGUCAUGUCGUAUGGUCUUGCCCGAAGGAGCACCUAUAAUUCAGGAGCCCUACAAGGGCCAAGGUGCAGUUUGUAGGCGUGAGGAGGUAAAAGACAAUUUUGAUUUGCCCUCCCUGUUAGCCGCGGGGCACUUUCCCAGACAUUCUGAAGCGUCUUUAAUUACACCGAAGUGAGCCAGGAAAAAGCUGAGGGGACGCCUGGGGUGGAGCUGAGGCAAAAGACACAUAGCUGGAGCUGAUCAGGGGCACCAGGGAAAUCUGCUGUCUGCCCCCCUAUCAUAGAGGAGAGGAAAGAAGAGGAUUCAUAGAUUAAUGAUGAGAAGAACAGCCUCUGGGUGCAACUCCAACAGCCGAGAAAGCAGAAGCUCUGCUGGCAACAGAAGAUUGAGGUGACACAGACCAGUGCCCAGACACCCAGACAUGCCCCGCAACAGAGCCAGCAGUGGAGGCAGCUGUUUAGGGGGCUCUGUGGGGGCAGGGAGCAGGUACGAGACACCCCCAGCCUCAGUGCUCCAGAGGCUGAUGUGGACCAAACCGGGGAGCAGCGGGCAUAUGGACCAGGUCCAGCCCGGGAUCUACAUUGGAGACAUGUAUGCAGCCAAAGACAAGCGUUCUCUCCAGGCCCACAACGUCACGCAUGUCUUGAACGCAGCCGACGGAAUGUUUAAUGUGAACACAGGGGCGGGCUUCUACAGAGACGCUGACAUCACAUACCAUGGCGUGGAAGCGUACGACACACCGUCCUUUGACCUAAGCCGCUUCUUCUACGCUGCAGCUGAAUUCAUAAAGACUGCCCUUAGCUCACCUAACGGUAAGGUCUUGGUCCACUGCGUGAUGGGUCUGAGUCGUUCAUCCAGUCUGGUCCUUGCCUAUCUGAUGAUUGUGGAGGACCUGACCCUGGUUGAUGCCAUCCAGGCUGUGUCUGCCAACAGAAACAUUUGUCCCAACGCUGGAUUCCUUGAGCAGCUCAGAGAACUCGACACAAAACUCCACUGCCAAGCUAGAUCAGAAUGAGAACACUUUCAUGUAGGCACUUCAUAUUAAGGCUUUGGGACAUGAAGUGGGCGCUUAGUUUGUAGUAUAAAGGGCUUGGACUAUUGAUUAGACAGACAGCUAGCUAGCUGUGCAUGUGCUGCUAUAUACUAUGCAGGAUGAGGUCCAGAGAAACAACCACACUGUUAUAAACACACUGUAAUAACCACACUGUUAUAACCACACUGUAAUAACUACCCUGUAAUAACUACCCUGUAAUAACCACUCAGUAAUAACCACUGUUAUAACCACACUGUCAUAACCACACUCUAAUAACCACAGUAAUAACCACUGUUAUAACCACACUGUAAUAACCAAUGUUAUUAUCACACUGUUAUAACCACACACAGCAAUUAUCUCUAACUGUUGAAAGGUUCAAUAGAUUGUUUCAUUUGCAUUGAAAAAAAGACUAAAAGUCUUUGUGAUUAUUAAUGAGAAGGACCACACAUUGGCAACACUGCAUGUAUGAAUAACUAAAUGAAAAAUAGUCAAACCAGCCUUGACAAAUGUUAAAUAC